GCUGAGGUUUAAGCGAUUGCCUUUGCUUGCUUGCUUGCUUGGGGUUCUGCUCUGCUCUUCUUCACACUUCAGAGAGAGAGUGAUGAUUGCCACUUCAAUGGCGCUAAUUCAGCACGUGUGCUCCGCCCCUCUCGCACGUGCGGCGCGACCUCGCUUCCUUGCUGCUGUUAUAUCCUCCCGCAACCUCUCUAUAAGGUCUUCUUCUUCUUCUUCUUCUCCCGCACGUGCCUCCCAAGCUGAAUCGCACGUGCUCCUCGGCAUGUCCGAGCAGGAGCUCCAACAGGUCGCCCUCGACUUCGGUCAGCAAAGCUUUAGAGGGAAGCAACUCCAUCAUCUAAUUUACAAGAGAAAGGUCAAAGAAAUUCAAGAUUUCAGUCAAUUGCCUCAAGCAUUCAGGAAUGAUCUUGAAGAAGCUGGAUGGAAAGUCGGGCGGUCGCCCAUUCAUAACACGGUAACUGCAGUUGAUGGCACUAUUAAGUUAUUGAUUAAGUUGGAGGAUAAUAGGUUGAUUGAAACUGUGGGCAUACCAGUUGAAGAUAGCAAAGGUUCAGUGAGACUUACUGCGUGCGUAUCAUCGCAGGUUGGCUGCCCACUGCGUUGCUCAUUUUGUGCCACUGGAAAAGGUGGAUUUUCAAGGAACCUUAAGAGGCAUGAAAUUGUUGAGCAGGUAUUAGCUAUUGAGGAGCUCUUCAAGCAUAGGGUGACAAAUGUGGUGUUCAUGGGAAUGGGUGAGCCGAUGUUGAACCUAAAGUCGGUACUUGAAGCACACCAGUGCUUGAAUAAGGAUGUGCAAAUUGGGCAAAGAAUGAUCACAAUAUCCACGGUGGGGGUUCCAAACACAAUAAGAAAGCUGGCUUCUCACAAACUUCAGUCAACAUUGGCCGUCAGCCUACAUGCUCCUAACCAAAAACUUAGGGAAGCAAUUGUGCCAAGUGCUAAAUCCUACCCUCUGGAUGCUAUCAUGAAAGAUUGCAAGGAUUACUUCCUUGAGACUAGUCGACGGGUUUCCUUUGAGUAUGCACUGUUAGCUGGAGUCAAUGACAAAACAGAGCAUGCAGUAGAACUUGCAGAGCUUCUCCACCAGUGGGGGCGUAGUUAUCAUGUGAACUUGAUACCUUUCAAUCCAAUAGAAGGCUCUGAUUAUCAGCGGCCACACAGGAAAGCUGUGAUGGCAUUUGCAGCUGCUUUAGAAUCACGUAAAAUAACAGUUAGCACACGGCAAACAAGGGGCCUGGAUGCUAGUGCUGCUUGUGGUCAGCUAAGAAACAAAUUCCAGAAGAGUCCUUUGCUCUUGGACUCCGAAGACCUGCAAUCUCAACCAGAUAUUGCAGUUGCAUGUUGAUCCCGCAUUGUUUCUUUGCGGUUUGUUCCUCCCCCUUUUUGCUGUAUACCAUACACUUUCAUGUUCUCUUCCCUCAAUCCGUAUGAAGCUUGAUGAAAGUGGUGCUUCAUGUGGCAAGAAGGCUAGUUGGGAUCUUUCCCUCUCCUAUUUGUGGGAAAAAUGUAUGAUGUUUCGCACGAUGAUGAGUCAGCUGCAGAAUUCAAAAUCUUCCAUACGUAACAAUGAGAUGUUGUGGGAAAACUAUGUGUGGAUGGCUGCAAAGUCACAAGUAGACUAAUGACCCCUCUUCUCAGAGAAUCAGUUUCAUGCAUCGCCUGUUAGGCUAGUUUCUUUCCUAUGUAACUUGCAUUUAUAGUUUUGAGUGAUGCUCCACUUUAUUCCGCACUGAAGGCAGGGCCAUAGAAUUCAAAAAUUACUUUAAAUGGGCAUAGUGAGGUGGGCAUUUUACCUUGUAGAUGUAAAUUUUAUUGAUGUGGCAACUAGCAAAUUUUUUAUCACAUCGUACUCUCUUGGUUCAAAGAACUUCCUUACUAAGCAAUAUGAAAUUUUUGUUUUGAU